UCGCCCUCUCCGAAAAUCGCUGUUUCCCUUCGGGAAAAAAAAAAUAACGUGUGCGACGCUCAACAGGAUGCCAAGAGCACGCGGUGCGCUGACAGUGUUUUGUACGCGACGCAUCCCGAAUGACAUGUGAAUUAUUUUGGUUGUUUUAUUAUUUUCUUCGACGGGAAUUUGAUGGUGAGAGUGACUAAAUGCAGUGACAUCACCAUAGCAUGAUGCGAGAUUGGUACCAUGGAUGAGGCGGAUAAUUUCAAGCUAUUAUGCAAGCAGAAGAAGUAGAAGAAAUAGCUGGUUGCUCGGAUGUAGCUCCCUCCAUAAACGAGAUGACUUUAGGCGUAAAGGACACCCUUUCACACGAAAUGACGGACGAACCAGAACUAAAUGAUUCGAAAUAUUGUUCGGAUAGUCCGACAAAAUUUGAAGGAAUCAACUUGGAGGAUGACAUUGAAAAGGUAGAGGUUACUUCACACGAGUCUUCAGAUUUGAACGAAGAUGAUUAUGCCAGUGAAGUACCGAACACAAUUCUACAAAAACCCUCCCUAAAUGGCCUUCCGGAUCAAAAUCCAAACGAGUCCAUUAAGAACUGGUUGCAACGAUUGUCUGAAGAGGAGAAUCAGAAGAAGUACGUCACUAGUCCGUUGAAAACGAUUGAUGUUAUUCCCAAAACGAGUUCGUUUAACAUGGGGAACAAUUUAGUACAAAAUACUAAUAGAGUAGUAAAAUAUCAAGACUUGCCUUACAUGGGCGAAAUGACUUUAGACAAUUCUAAGCCGAGAAGAGGUAGAAAGCCUAAGAAGGCGGACAUUUGUCAUUUAAUUUACAAGAACUAUGGAACUAUAUUUCCUGGAACACCCAAUCCCAAAAGUUAUACACAAAAUGGAACAAUUAAAAGUCCCAUAGACUCUAAGGACAUUCAAGAGAAUAUUAAUAGAAGUGAUGUUCAAAAUAGAAUAAUAAGUAGCUUAUUAGAGAAAAGACUGACUCAAGAAUUUAAAAAGAAAGAUAGAAACGUCCAAUCUAGUAGUAAAGGCACGACCAAUCAGAAUGAGCCUUUGAACUUAUGCAUUAGAGAUCUCAAUCAUUUAAAAAUAAGAUUGCUUAAAAACAAUGAUAACACUUACACCUCGGAAAUUAAAUCCGAACCGCAGAGUGACGAUGAGGUGGAAUUCGUCCAUGAGACUCCUUCUCCUUCAAUAAGUAUUAAAAAUGAAUUUCCUCCAUUACCUUCAGAUAGUUUAAGUACUCCAAGCCCAGACUUGCCUAAAACGCCCGAUAGUACAGCACCUGGAGGUUACGUUUAUUGGCCCAACGCCGGAGUUUUCAUUCAUCCAAUGGCUUUACAACAGCAACUUAUGAUGUAUCAGAGACUUGCUAAUAAUAAUAGUUACACCCUACCCAGUCAUAGCCCCAGACCACCACCCGUACCGGAGAUACGAAGCCCAGAAUCAGCCACAGAGUUAAGAAAAAUAGUCCCAAAAAUCCGAGUGAAAAGACCACAAUCCACCGACGAGACUGACUUAACCGCUCAAGAACAAAAAUCGAAGAGAAACGCUUCGACGGCCAGCGAAAAGACACCCACAAAAAGAAAACGAUCCGCCAUAUUCAUACCACCGAUUCCAACUGAGAAUACAGCAAAUCCAGCCACGGAAGUGAGCAUAUGCAAAUUCAAAUUUACCGGCGGAGCCAAGCCCAGCCUUCAAGAAAAGAAAAUGCUCUCCGUCGAUUCCGGCGGAAACUUUAGAUAUUACAGCGGAACCGGCGACAAAAGUAUGCGGGGCUACGAAUUCUUCCCGAGGGAAACGCUCCAGCAACAGGUAAACAACGCUCAGGGUUCGAGUACUGGUGCAUUUUUGCAGGCGAGCGGGGAAAAGAUUUAUCCAGUACCACCGAUGGACUUUACCGGCACUAAACCAAGUAAUGAAUUUCUUUUAAGGCCUGACGUUCCUCACACCAGCGUUUCACCUUUGCCGGAUGCAUCGUCGAGACACGGCAACAAUAAAAAGAGGAAGUCCAGAAAAUCGUUGCAAAGGGAAAAGUUGGAACAGACAUUUAAGGAGAAAGGAUUUUUGAUACAAACGCAGCAGUUGGAGUCUGCGGAAGGUGCUACUUAUUGUAAAUUCAGGCAACUCAGGAAAUUUACUAGGUACUUAUUUAGGAGUUGGAAGGAUUAUUUACCAGGAAACGUGGCUGAAAUCCCGGAGGGUGAACGUUUAGAGAAUAACAGUGACUUAACCGAGAAUGACGUUGACAAUCUAUCGAUACAUUCUAGUGAAUUGUCUUCAAGUAAUAUUCAAUGUUAAAACUAAUCAUUUUGUUUAUUUAACCAAAGAUUUCAGUGAUACAAGACACUGUUUGACAGGGUGAAUUUAAGGUGCUAAAUAUUUAGUAAUUAAGUUAAAUUUAAACUUUAUUUUAAUACACGUAAUCUAGUCCUAUGAUAUUAAAGUACUGUGUACUUCAAAAAUAUUUGUUGUUAAUUUAUCUAAUUAAAGAGACACUUAAUUUUGGAUAAAAAAUACAUGUUGUUAUAUA